AAGCUUGACCAAGAAGCAAAGACCAUCUCAAAAGGCUCCAAAUUCACCCACCCAAUGUCUAAAGUUAACCUAAACGCAUCAUGACCCAUUUGAUGUUAACAGAUGUUGUUUCCAGGCAGCAUCUCUACUUUGGGUUCAACUCAUUUUAUUUUCUUCGUUAGCAGGGUCAAGAAUACACCUGUCUACUUUGACCAGAGAUUGUGAAUUUGUGUCCAUAUAAACGAACUGAAGGUAAAGCUUUUCCUUUCCGUGAAAGAACUAAAAGCAGGGAAAACAGACGGAGAGUGGUCACUCAAUAAUAUUCCAUGAGCACCACUGCGGCUACCUCCAAUGAAUGGAUGCAAUUCUAUGAACAAACUGCUGAUGAACUGUCAGCAUCAUCUUUGGGAUUCUCUGAUUCCACUAUAGUGGCAACAAGUGUCUCUCCGGUGAGCAACCUUAGCCCUAGAACAAGCAAUUUACAUUCAGCAAGUGAUCAAUUGACGCCUAAGGGUUCUUCCUCAAAGCCAAUAAGAAGAAGGUCUAGAGCUUCAAAGAAAACACCCACCACCCUUCUCAAUGCUAACGCCAGCAAUUUUCGAGCCUUGGUGCAACAAUUUACAGGUUGUCCUAGCACACCCCUUUCACUAGGGAACAGAAGAGGCCCGAUUAACUUGAAUUUUGCUCUCGGGACUGAACGGAAUCAAAGCGGUACCGCUACUUCCAUAAUGUCAGCUUCCGGCAACGAUUAUUUUUAUCAACAAAGUCAUCAAGAGCAGCUACGGCAGCAACAGAACGCAUCUCACCAGCAACAUCAGCAUCUGUACCAGGAACAACAACAUGCAGUAUCACUUGACAAUGCUCACCACGGUUUCGACUUGGACAAUAUUUCUUUACAGGAGCUUAAUAGAGACCACCGUUACACCAAUGAAACUGCAAAUGAUAGCAAUUACCUCUUGUAAGGACUAUGUUAUCUAACCAUUCAUCACCUAUUUGUGGUGUUUGUUUAUCUGUCAGAAUUUGAUUAUGAAUCGGGAAACUAUGUCUUUAUUUAAGUACGUUAAAUAAUUUUCUGUUUGCAUUCGUAUCAUACACAAGGAAACAGGAAUUACUAUUCGUUUCCUUC